CUCUAGUAGCCUGGUUUGGUGAGAGACACGUUAAAUAUUCGAACAUUUUUAGUGAGAUAAUCGCCGGAUCAAAAAUAAUGAAUACGAAAUAGAAACAAGCCUUUAACACGCGCUUGUUUUAGUCCGCUGAUAUAGUCCGCUGAUACUGGAAACAACAUUGAGAGCGUUUCAUUUUUGGUGUGCAUUCGGAACAGGUGAAUUGUGAAUAGAGACCGUAUCACAGACCAGCAAGAACAAUAUACGGAGGGGACCUACAACACUCGAAUAUCCGAAGGUGCUGCUGAACACCUUGGAUCGUCCGAUCAAAGGACUUGGUCAAAUCCUGGUUCCGUUCUCUGGUCUUCAUGGCCACCAGCGGGGCUCCUUGGGGCUGUGGCUCCAGCGUGAACUCCCUCUACUACAAGCUAUGUGACCUUGGUGCAGUUUGGGGCGUCGUCCUCGAGUCAAUCGCAGGGGCCGGAAUAGUGAGCUCCUUCAUCCUCCUUGUCGUCCUCCUCGCCAGUCUGCCCUUCAUCACCAAUAACACCAAGAAGAGCUCUGUCGGGCCACAAGCCUUCUUCCUCAUCGGCACCUUCGGCCUCUUCUGCCUGACGUUUGCCUUCAUCGUAGGGAAGAACUUUGCCACUUGCGCCUCUCGGCGCUUCCUCUUCGGGGUGCUGUUCGCCGGCUGUUUCGCGUGUCUCCUCACGCAGUGCGUGAAGCUGAACAUGCAGGCGUGCAGGGGGGACCAGGGUCCCAGGGGCAGGGUCCUGUGCCUGGGGGCCCUAGGGCUCUGGCUGGUGGAGGUGAUCAUAAACACUGAGUGGCUAAUCAUCACGGUGGUUCGCUACCCACUGCCCCCGGUCAAUGUCACCGUGGCGACGCUCGGCGCAGCCGGGGACAUCACCUGCAACAUCGCCAACCAGGACUUUGCCAUGGCGCUGAUCUACGUGCUGUCUCUUCUCCUGGCCGUCCUAGUGGCCUCCCUGCCCACUCUGUGUGGGAAACACAAGCAGCUGCGCCAGGAGGGAGCCUUCAUCCUGGCGACAGCCUUCUUCUCUGUGCUCAUCUGGGUGGCCUGGAUCACCAUGUACGUGUUUGGGAACCAGAACACCGGAGGCCCCAGCUGGGACGACCCCACGCUGGCCAUCGCCCUGGUGGGCAACGGAUGGGUGUUCCUGAUCCUCUACACCAUCCCAGAGAUCUGCUCUCUGACCCGGGAGGCGGAGGAGGGCAUGCUGGGGAGUGGCAACGACUUGUAUCCCAACGGAGGUGGGGGCUACGAGACCAUUCUGGGGGCUACGAGACCAGCCCACAUGCUUAUGGAGAACAAGGCUUUCUCUAUGGAUGAGCCCAACUCAGAUCCUAAGACUGUGUCUCCUUACAGUGGCUAUAAUGGUCACCUGAACAGUUCUGUCUACCAGCCCACUGAACUGUCAGUCAUCAGUAAAGGAAGAGGGAACCCGGAAGUGAACUUCAAGCCUCAAAUACCGAGGGCCACCACACACCUCCAGUCCCACAGCAAGGACAGCACCAUGUCAGUCUACGCCAACCAGGCUGCAGACACCAACACUCAGCACAGAGGUAAUGGACUGCAAUCCGAGUGGUGAACAGCAACUACUGUGUACCUCUCUCCUCAAUACAUUUCUGUUAAUCUAUUUCCUCAAAUAUGUUGCUGCAAUUUAUUUUCCGUCCCCGAUAUGAGCUGGCUCUGAAGGGAUCGACCUCAGUGAGGCUGACCCGAACUCUGACCUAAAUGAUCAGACAUGUUGGGGGGGGGGUUUGGGUGGCCGGCACACACAGUUAAACGCUAAACAUUCAAUCUACAGAUGAACCUUCAGUCUAGAUACAUGGACAGUCCCUGCAGGUGUUUUUGUCCCUGUCAAAGACCAAGCACAUUUGCCCCCCGCAGCCAGAUAAUUUGAAAGUCAAAGCGCUCCAUGGAGUGGACAGCAUUCCCAUGGCUUUGAGAGGGAACAAUACCCUUUGCAGAGAACACCAUUCCUCUGUGAGCUGAGAGCUCCCAAAUGGACACUGUGACAGACGAACUGUGAGCGUGCUGACAGAGUAGAAUGGCACAGAAUAGCAGUCUGACUGUCAUCAUGCUGGCUGUUUUGACCACACAGAUGGAUGUACAGUAAAUACAAGUGCACUAACACACACGCACACGAUCAUUUGAGUCACACACACUAGCCAAGCACAGGUCCAAACAAGCGAGGAACCAACAGGAGGAAUAUGCAGUACUUGUCAUCCUGGAAUUCCCCGAGCUGGACCCCGAAACAGUGAACUAUAUUACACCUGGAAGGCCGACUGUUCCAUGAAAUCUUGAAAAAUAUGCGUUCUUUCACUACCUAUCAUAUAAACACUCAGUUGUAGGUUUAGCUUAUCGAUUGUAGGUUUAGCAUAUCAUAAUUGCACUCUCAAGUUGUAGUUGUAGUAAUGUUGAUAUUGUUAAGUAAAUGUUUAGUGCCUUGCUUGUGUGUGGGUAUCACUUUUGGACAGUCAUACUGUUACAUAUGUCAAUUAACUACAGGGUAUUUAAUGAGUUAAUGUCAGUUCCAAGCUCGCAAGCUCAAACCAGGAUUAUGGUUCAGGAAGUGAAAUGGCUACACAUUUUGACAAUAUUGCUUUUGAUAGUUUAAGAAAUAAAAUGUUACAUAGGUACAAGAUUCUCAAUAGUGAACAAUUCAUAAGAUUAGCAAUCACAUUUUUGUAUGUGAAACAAGGAGAAAAGGCAAAUGUUUGUUCAGUAAACGUAACCUUCUUUUACUGAAUAUAUUUGUAAAGAUUUGCAUUUUAAUUUAAAGAUGCACUCCACAGUUUUUGUGUAAUUUCAGCCAGUGGUUGUAAAUCCUCCCCUGUAUAGCUACCACCCAUUCCCUUUAAUGUUACCACCCAUUCCCUUUAAUGUGUUACCAUCUGCCAAAGAUAAAUUAAAUGCAAAAUACGCAA